AUGAGUUUCAGCUCAGUGAAUUUUCAGCCCCCGCGAUGGUUCAGACCUAUGGAACCAGCAUUCAGAAGGAGAGACACUAUAACCACGUUUGCUAGAGCCCCACCCCGAGCAGCCGACUUUUGCCAGAUCCCGUAUCACACUGAUUUAACUCAUGCAAGCUCCACACCUGCGCUGGCCAAGACUCGGAGGAAAGACCGGGUGGGGCCGGAGGUGCCAGGAGGGAGGUGGGGAGGGUCGGCCCCGCCCCUGGCCCCGCCCCGCGGCCCCGGCGGCGUCCCGCGCCUGCGGUUUCCAGGCGACCUCCGAACGCGGGCGCCGGGCAGGCUGCGGAGGACCGACUGGGACUGGGCCCCUCGGCGGGCGAGACCCAGCACGGCGGCCGCGGGGGCACUGGACGCGGGCGGGGUGGAGGACGACGAGGAGGAGAUCACCGCCGCCACGCUGCGGGGCGAGCCCCGGCCGCCGCCCAUCUCGGCGCUGUCCGCCUUCAGCUAUGUCCCCCCGCGGCGCCUGGACCCCAAGGAGCACAGCUACUACUACCGCCGGGGCGAGACAGGAAUCAUUUCCCUCUAUGAUUGUAUUUUUAAGAAGAACCCGGGUUAUAAUCAAAAAUUGCACCGAGAUGACAGAGAACAUGCAAAAAGUCUGGGACUUCAUGUCAACGAGGAGGAGCGGGAGAGGCCAGUCGGGGUGCUGACGUCCUCCGUCUACGGGAAGCGCAUACAGCAGCCGGUGGAGCCUCUGAACCGGGACCACGGCCGCGCCAACCAUGUGAGGGCCGACUUCUACCGCAAGAACGAUAUCCCUAGCAUCAAGGCGCCCAGCUUUGGGCACAUUUCUCCAGCUUGACGCCCUCCCUGUGGCCUGAACCUCACAACCCACGAGCAAGUGAGGUGGCCUUAUUCCCCCCUUGCGGACAUCUUGGAGCUGGCCUGAUGCCUCUGCUGCACCUCGACAGUGGGAAGGACAGCGCCACAAGCCACUUUCUCUCAUGCUGCCUUGGUGAAGAACCUGGCCAAACGCCUUUAAUACUUAUGAUGUUUAAAAACAUCUAGUGUGAUGGUUUUCAAAUAUAAUUAUUUCAGAUGAAAUGAUGCUGGAGACUGAUCCAUUGUGAGCA